GCGGCCGUGCGUUCAAUUCGUUCAGUCGCAUCCAGGCCGGCUGGGCGACGUUCCUGGGGGAGGGGAUCGAGCCGAGGAAAAGAAUAUAGCGCAAGGAAGUUAAAGACGAAGAGGGAGGACUCAGAUGAGAAGUUGUGACUGAGAGACGAGUCGUGGAACACGUGGAGCGUUAUGCGUAAAAGAGUUGGUUUAUUUUAACGCUUGGAACGCGCGACAGUCAGAACAACAUCGGCACAGUGUAAAAUAAGAUUUAAGACAUGGCAGAAUUAACGAUCAAGUGUGCAAAGAUUAAAUAAGGUUUCCAGGGUUUUUCAACAGAAAUGCACAGGAACAUUAUGGAAAAUCCGAGGACGCAGAGCUCACAGAAGAGUUGGAAGUUCUUGCGGGACUCUCUGCUGCUUUGCUUCUUUGCCGGCCGUGGAGACGCUCAGUGUGACAGCUGUAUUGAGUACUGCUGUGAUGGAGCCCCUCCGUUCUGCUGCUCUUACUAUGCGUAUGUGGGAGACGUGCUCUCGGGAACGGCUAUCUCGGGGAUCGUGUUUGGCGUGGUGUUUCUGAUGGGCGCGGUGGCCGCCAUCUUUCUGUGCAUCUGUAUGUGUGUGAAGAACGGCCGCAGGGCGAGAGUGGGCGUCUUCAGCUCGUCGUACAUCAACACCGUGACUCAGGGUUACCCAGGUCCUCCACCUCCUUACAGCUACGAUUAUGAGAUGUAUCCUCCUGAUCUACGGCCGCCUCCAUACACUCCCACUCCACCCAGAGCGACAAACUACUCUCCACCUCCACCCUAUCCAGGCUACAGCCGCAAAUGAGCAUCCAUGUGUGUGCUAUUCUGAGAGGACACACAAAAUAAUGCACUAAAGCAAAAAAUGCCUGACUGGCGCUCUGUCAGUAAAGCAGGGAUUUUCAUUCACUCGACCAGCGCAAAGAUGAUUCUUACACAAGGAUUGGAGUAUUUUUAUUUAUGACAUGGACAUUUAUGGUCUCAGAAACCUAAUGAACACUAAUAAACCUUAUUAGGCAACAUGAGACCAGGACAGGCCUAAAAACUCCACAAUGUAAAUAUGUUGUUGAAUAUCAGUGUUAUUUCUUUGUCAAAUGGAAAUACAUACCUAAAAUGUAUCCGAGUGUCGUGAUUAAUUUUGAUCAACUGAGGAAAUAAUAUGGUAUGUGUAUUUAUUCAUAGGGUUUUGAAAGAGCAAGUUGUAGUUGUAGUUGGCUACUGUUACGAAAACACACCAGGUGUAGUUAACUGUUCACCAAUUGUGUCCAAACAGCAAAACAUUCAUGCAAUUUAUGUCUGUUUUUACUUUUCAUAAUAAAACU